AUCUUAAAUGGAGGAGUAUAUGUUGGACAGAACAGAUUUCUUUGCUAUGCAGAUACUAUUCAGUGGGAAGAUAUUGUUCGCAACCCUAUGGCUUCCAAUUUCUCUGUGGUUCCAAAAAACAGUAGCACAGACUGUGGACAGUGUCACAAAUCCUGUGGAAAUCGAUGCUGGGGACCUUCAGCAGAUCAGUGCCAGAGUUUAACAAAAGUGGUGUGUGCGGAGCAAUGUGAUGGCCGAUGCUAUGGACGUUCUGUCAGCGAAUGUUGUCAUCGAGAAUGUGCCGGAGGUUGUUCCGGACCCAAAGACACUGACUGCUUUGCUUGUAUGAACUUUAAUGACAGUGGUGCCUGUGUCACCCAAUGCCCACAGACUUCAGUCUACAAUCCUGCCACAUUCCAGAUGGAAACCAAUCGAGAUGGCAAAUAUACUUAUGGUGCUUUUUGUGUUAAAAAGUGUCCACACAACUUUGUGGUUGAUAUCAGCUCGUGUGUACGUGCCUGUCCAAGUCCCAAGAUGGAAGUGGAGGAAAAUGGAAUUAAGACGUGUAAACCAUGCACUGACAUUUGUCCUAAAGCAUGUGAUGGCAUAGGUACAGGAAGUUUGAUGUAUGCUCAAACUGUGGACUCCAGUAACAUUGAUAAAUUUAUCAACUGCACCAAGAUCAAUGGGAAUUUGAUCUUCCUUGUCACUGGAAUUCGUGGGGAUCCUUAUCACACAAUUGAAGCGAUUGACCCGCAGAACUUACAUGUCUUCCAAACAGUGAGAGAGAUAACAGGAUUCCUGAACAUACAAUCCUGGCCUGAAAAUAUGACAGAUUUUAGUGUGUUUUCAAAUCUGGUAACUAUUGGUGGAAGAGCAUUAUACAGUGGUCUUUCCUUGCUUAUUCUCAAGCAGCAAGGAAUUAGAUCUCUCCAGUUCCAGUCCCUGAAGCACAUCAGUGCUGGGAAUGUCUACAUAACUGACAACAGUAACUUAUGCUACUAUCAUACUAUCAACUGGACCAGCCUCUUCAGCUCACCUAAUCAGAAAACUGUCAUCCACAGAAAUCAGAGGCCUGAGAACUGCACUGCAGAAGGGAUGAUAUGCAGCUAUUUAUGCUCAAAAAAUGGAUGUUGGGGGCCAGGGCCAGAUCAGUGUUUAUCCUGUAAACACUUCAUCAGAGGAAAAACCUGUGUAAAGUCUUGUCACCUUUUUGAAGGAGAAUACAGAGAGUUUGCAAAUGGUUCAGUUUGUGUGGAAUGUGAUCCGCAGUGUGAGAAGAUGGAUGGAAACAGAAUAACUUGUAGCGGGGCUGGACCAGAUCAUUGUACCAAAUGCUUUCAUUUUAAAGAUGGCCCCAAUUGUGUUGAAAAAUGUCCUGAUGGUGUACAAGGAACAAACAGCUUCAUAUUUAAGUAUGCGGAUGAGGAUCGUGAAUGUCAUUCUUGUCACCCAAAUUGUACCCAAGGGUGCAUAGGCCCACGCCUUGAGGACUGCAUUGAGAAUAGCCCAAGAACGCCCCUGAUUGCUGCAGGAGUGAUUGGAGGACUCUUCAUCAUCGUCAUUUUGGGCCUUACAUUUGCAGUUUAUGUGAGACGUAAAAGCAUUAAAAAAAAGAGGGCUUUACGAAGGUUCCUGGAGACUGAGCUGGUAGAACCUUUGACUCCUAGUGGUACAGCACCCAAUCAGGCACAACUUCGCAUUUUGAAGGAAACUGAGCUAAAGCGCGUCAAGAUCCUUGGAUCGGGGGCCUUUGGAACUGUCUAUAAGGGCAUUUGGGUUCCUGAGGGAGAGAGUGUGAAGAUUUCUGUAGCAAUUAAAAUACUGAAUGAGACAACUGGUCCAAAGGCUAAUGUGGAGUUUAUGGAUGAAGCACUUAUAAUGGCAAGUAUGGACCAUCCACAUUUGGUUCGGUUACUAGGAGUCUGUCUGAGCCCCACCAUUCAACUAGUUACUCAGCUGAUGCCCCAUGGUUGUUUACUAGACUAUGUACAUGAACACAAAGAUAACAUUGGUUCCCAGGUUUUGCUGAACUGGUGUGUUCAGAUAGCCAAGGGAAUGAUGUACCUGGAAGAGAGGAGACUGGUUCAUCGAGAUUUAGCAGCACGAAAUGUCUUGGUGAAGUCUCCAAAUCAUGUGAAGAUCACAGACUUUGGCCUGGCUAGGCUACUGGAAGGUGAUGAGAAGGAAUAUAGUGCUGAUGGUGGAAAGAUGCCAAUAAAAUGGAUGGCUCUUGAAUGUAUACAUUAUAGGAAAUUCACACACCAGACAGAUGUUUGGAGCUAUGGUGUCACCAUUUGGGAGCUUAUGACCUUUGGUGGAAAGCCUUAUGAUGGGAUCCCAACAAGAGAUAUUCCUGACUUGUUAGAGAAAGGAGAACGGUUACCGCAGCCUCCUAUCUGCACCAUUGAUGUUUACAUGGUAAUGGUGAAAUGUUGGAUGAUUGAUGCUGAUAGUCGACCAAAGUUCAAGGAGCUGGCUGCUGAAUUUUCUAGAAUGGCUCGGGAUCCUCAAAGAUAUUUAGUCAUUCAAGGUGAUGAUCGCAUGAAGCUACCAAGCCCAAAUGACAGCAAAUUUUUCCAGAAUCUGCUGGAUGAGGGAGACCUGGAAGACAUGAUGGAUGCUGAAGAAUAUCUUGUCCCUCAGGCAUUUAAUAUUCCUCCACCUGUCUAUACAUCAAGGACAAGAAUUGACUCCAACAGGAAUCAGUUUAUCUACAGAGAUGGAAGUUUGUCUACAGAACAAGGAAUUCCUUUGCCAUACAGAACUGCCAUACCCGGCAUAGCUCCAGAAGCUCCCAUCAGGCAAGGAGCUGCUGAGAUCUGUGAUGACACUUGCUGCAAUGGGACUUUACGGAAACAAGUGGCAAGUCUUGCACAAGAUGACAGUAUCACUCAGAGGUAUAGCGCUGACCCAACAGUUUUUAUCCCAGAGCGAGGGCCAAGAACUGAGCUGGAUGAAGAAGGGUACAUGACGCCAAUGCCAGAAAAGUGCAAAACAGAUCACCUGAAUCCAGUAGAGGAGAACCCAUUUGUUUCUCGGUGGAAGAAUGGUGAUCUUCAAGCUCUGGACAACCCAGAUUAUCACAACAGCCAAACUGGGCAGUCCAAAGUCGAGGAUGAAUAUGUGAAUGAGCCCAUGUACCUCAACACCUUUGCAAGCACCUUUGAAAAGGCAGAGUACCUGAAGAAAAAUGGGCUUCCGUUGCCAGAAAAGCCCAAAAAGGCAUUUGAUAACCCAGGUUACUGGAAUCACAGCCUCCCUCCACGAAGUACCCUACAGCAUCCGGACUACCUGCAGGAAUACAGCACAAAAUAUUUUUACAAACAAAAUGGAAGGAUCCGGCCCACUGUGGCCGAGAAUCCUGAAUACCUCUCAGAGUUUUCCCUGAAGCCUGGCAUGAUGCUUCCCCCUCCACCAUACAGACACCGAAACACCGUAGUGUAA